GCCUCGAUCAACACCCUUCACCCAAACCAAACUCCACUUGCCUUUACGCUUCCGAUUCCUUCGACAGACCAGCUCGCAGUGGCCCUUCGGUCUCCCCUCGCCUACUGCUGCUUUCCAGUUCCCUCGAGUCCAGUUCGUUUGUCACCCCUCAAGACAAGGGGUCCCCGUGUAUCUCAGUGAGGAUCGCAUCCCUUCGUGAUAAAAAAAAUGUGAAAGAUUUCUCAACCCUCGCGUGUCUCAUACCUUACAACGUACACCUGGAGCCAUUUCUUUUUGGCUGGGUGCAAAUUCUCAAGUGUGCUUAUAAAACGCGCCUCCUCAUUGCUUCAAUUGAGGCCGAUUCUCACCCAGAACGAAAGAAUGGUUCUUACCAGUUCAGUCCUGUUCGGUCCUCAGUUCUGCCCGGAGGCUCCUCGGGCUCUGCAGCUCCAAUCUUCGUCUUUUCUUCUUGCCCCUUUGUUCAACGCGACCUCAGAAGAUAUAUCUUGCAUAUAUUCAUUGAAAAUCCUCGAAAAUCUUACAAAAGAAUGAUGGAGGAGCCCGAAAACACAGAUACCAUGAACUUGCAAGCUCCAAAUCAGCCUGUUGAUGACAAUUACCUCAUUUGCACUACAGAAAUUCAUCGAGGGCCUGGAAGACCUCGGAAACAGGCUGUGAGGUCAAUAACACAGGUUCAGAGUGUGGAUGGGCCUGUGCAUAUGGAACCUGGGAUAAAUGUGCAUCAGCCACUUGCUCCUAUUUUUCUUUCCCAAGCAGUUGCAGCAGUCCCAGAUCAGGUGCCAGUUUCUCUUCCAUCAGACCAAAACCCAAUAUCAGAGCCAACAUAUCAUGAGGAAGUUGAGACUUUUGUUCUUCCUGCACAUGAUCCUUUACAGCAAUUGGAUGACUCACCAGGUGAGGAUGAUUUGGACAGUUUUCUUGGACUAGGCAACAGCAAUGGGAUUAAUGGUGAUGCUGCAAGUGCUGAGGGAGACUUUACUGAGGAUGAUGGUGAAACUUCUGGGCAACUGCCAUCACUGGUCUUGGAUGCAUUCUGGAAAAAAAUUGAGUAUCUCAAGGGUUUGACAGAAGGUCAAGGGCGAUCAGCUAAACACUUGGUUUAUGAGAAGCUUCAAUCAUUCUGGUUGCCUCAUUUUGACUCUUUCUUCUAUCUUCGGCAAAAAGCUUUGUCUCCAGAGCAGCUUUUGAUCCCUCGAUUUUUCUAUUGGGAUCCCUUGCUUCUUGUUGAUCGCAUCCCUUGCCCUGUUAUUCAUACAUCUGGUACAAGUACUAUUGCUUGUUCUGGGAUAUUGGUUCGCCAUGGUUAUUGUCAGAUGCCACACCGCAUAAUUGAUCUUGAGAAUUCAUACUAUCUGAUUUCCGUGCGCUAUAGAUGCAAUCAGUGCAAGCCUGUCCACACUUUCUCAAGCUGCAAUCCUUUAGUCAUAGCCAAGCUACCUAGGCCUCUUGCUGCACAAUUCCCUGCCUACCUUAGUAAACAAAGUGGUCUCUCAAAGCAGGUUUUUGCUAUCAUGCAUUGCUGCUUUCAAAAUAGCUUGGGAGCCAAACAAUUUGCAGAUAGCCUAAAUGUUCUUCACCACCAAUUUCAUGAUAUGCUGGAAGUUCAGUAUUUGCAAACUGUUCUUGAACGUGAGAGUGGAUUAUACAAGCCUUUUCUUUCCUUUGAGUCCAGUCCAAGUGCUGCACCCUCUGGCCAAUACUGUCGGGAUAUUUAUGAUAGAGAAAUUGAAGCUCAUGAAAAGGAGUUUGAUCAACAUACUGCUCAAUUAUCAUCUUGUGGUAUGGGUAUUGACCAUUCACACAAGAUUACCAAACAAAUUGCAAAGAUCCAGAGUGAACCUGUUUUCACAGGCCUUCUUACUAUGACUAAUGAAUUUGGUGAAAUACGAAUCUGUGAUCUUGUUCCAACGAAAGCCCACUCUCAGUUUGAUAUUGCACUUACACGGAUGAAUCAUUCUAUUAAACUGUUUGGUCUUGAACCUCCUCGCAUAAUCUUUACAGACAAUCUGGCAGACAAGCCAAUGCUUGAACGACACUUCCCCAGCCUUAAAGAAGGAGUACGACCUGUUAACAGUCUUGGUGACCUACCUGUCUUGCAACUUCCCUCUGGAUGUAUCCCUAAAGUUUUUCAAACAGCUACGCAAAUCAAUUCAGCAAUUCUUAGCUUCAUUGACACCUUCUCACAUCUUGAUGGGGACAAACUGGUUGUUGGCCUAGAUACUGAAUGGGAUAUUGCUUAUGGUAAUGAAGUAUGGAUAUUUCAGUUGAGUGAACAUAUUGCCAAUGGAUCAUUUCCUGCUCAAUUGUCAACAUUUUUGGCAAAUUCUCAAAUUCUCAAAGUCAGGAGAAAUGUUUUAUUGGACUUGAAGAAUCUGCAAGAAGAUAGUGAAUCCUCUACUCCAUUUGUUGGAGGUAUUGAUCUAGGACGACUAGCAAAAGAGAAAAAUGUUGUUAGUGAUGCACGUGCUAGUCUGGGAGACUUAUGCAUCAAAACACUUUCUUGUAUUCUUCCCAAGGAUCUCAAUAUCCGAAUUAGUCCAGAUUGGUCUGGGCCACUUACAGAUGAACAAAUUCAAUAUGCUGCACUUGAUGCUUGGGCUUCUCUUAAAAUUUAUGAGAAGCUAACUAGUCUGUGGAUCCCAGUUCCUGUAAACUUUGCAAAUGCACUUCCUGCAGGAGAUCAGAUUUUUGUUUUUCAUGAAGAUCGCACUACUAUUAUUGCUUGUGGAAUUGUCUCACCUGCUCAAUUCAAUAGCUUUGAAGGGAUUAAUAUUACAAAAACACAAGUACUCAUUCAGGUUGAAGAGAUCUAUGUUCCUGGUGCUAAAAUACAUUUGCACCACAGACAAUCCAGAUUUUCAAAGUCUCAAUAUUAA